CAGGGUACCAUUGCUGCAGAUUUUGCUCACCAACACAAGAGUUCCGCGCAGCACAAAGAUCCUGGUGGCAGGAGUAAAAGAUAAGCUACUCAAGGUAUCCAGGUAUUAUAGAACCAGUCCUGUCAUCAAUACAUGCAAUUUCUCAAGAGUGUCAGCACAUACUAGAAGCUUCAUCUUCAGGAUUGUCUAUGGACCAGUAUUCAGUGUUAGAGGAACUGAUUGACAUCAAUCAACAUCAUCUAAAUGUGAUUGGUGUUGGGCAUCCUUCAUUGGACAAACUAUGUCAGGUGACUGCUUUGCAUGGUCUGCACAGUAAACUGACAGGUGCUGGAGGAGGUGGCUGUGCAAUAACUUUACUGCGACCUGAUCUAGACCAAAGUGCAGUGGAAGCGGCCAAGCAGCAGCUCACGGACUGUGGAUAUCAGUGCUGGGAGACCAGUAUCGGAGCCCCAGGUGUUUCUUUGCAUUCUUCUGUGUCAUUGCCACUAGAUAUUAUUGGAGCUUUCAGCAAUGUAUAA